AGGAAGACGUGGAGCUCUAGAAGGGCCAAGAGUGCGAUCUGUGAGCAGCCAUGGAAGAAACCUACCUGCUGAAUGUGGAAGGGGUCAGAAAGAAGAUUCUGCAUGGAGGCCAAGGGGAGCUGCCGAAGUUGCAGGAUGGGAGCAAGUUCACCUUCCACUUCCAGACGCUGAAGGAUGACUUUGAGCGGACGGUGAUCGAUGACAGCCGGGAAGCCGGCAUGCCCAUGGAGAUCAUCGUGGGCAAGAUGUUCAAGCUGGAGAUCUGGGAGACGCUGCUCAGCUCCAUGAGAACUGGGGAGGUGGCGGAGUUCUGGUGCGACGCCAUUCACACAGGCAUGUACGCCCUGGUGUCCAGGGGCAUGCGGAGGAUCGCGGAGGGCCGGGACCCCCUGGAAGGGCAGAAGCACCGCUGUGGCAUGGGCAACAUGUUUGACUACCACAGCACGGGCUACGAGGACCUGGACGAGCUGCAGCGGACGCCACAGCCUCUCAUCUUCAUCAUGGAGCUGUUCCGGGUGGAGGACCCCUCAGCGUACAAACGUGACACCUGGGCCAUGAGCAAGGAGGAGAAACUGGCAGCAGUGCCCGUGCUGCACAGCGAGGGCAACCGCCUGGUGCUGCGCAGGGAGUUCGCACAGGCGGCCGCCAAGUACCAGGAGGCUGUCAUCUGCCUCAGGAACCUCCAGGCCAAGGAGAAGCCGUGGGAGGAUGGCUGGCUGAAGCUGGAGAGCCUGGUCACGCCGCUGGUGCUCAACUACUGCCAGUGCCAGCUGGAGCUCGGCGAGUACUACGAGGUGCUGGAGCACACCACGGAGCUUCUCCAGAAGCACAAUGACAAUGCCAAGGCCUAUUUCAAGCGGGCAAAGGCCCACGCCGCUGUCUGGAACGAGAGGGAGGCACGGGAGGACUUCCAGCGCGUGGCUCACCUCGACCCCUCCAUGGCGGCCGCGGUGAAGAAGGAGCUGAAGCAGCUGGGGGAGAGGAUGAGGAAGAAGCACGUGGAGGAUCGGAAGCGCUACCAGGGCCUCUUCCAGUCAUCCCAGGGUGUGAAGGCCCGUGAGGGGCAGGAGAGCAGGGAGGUGGGCGAUGGGGCACCUCAGGGGGAGGCUGGGGUCCAGGAGAGCCCUGGGCAGGGGGAGCAGGGUGCUGAGACCAGAGCCACAGAACAGUCCAGGGCUCCCCAGGCAGAACAAGGGACCCCCAGGGCUGGGGGUGAAGGGGAAGCAUCAGGAGGAGAAGAAGUCCGGGGAGAGCCUGUGGGAGAAGAGGUGGAAAGGAGGGAUCACAUAGCAGUGGGGAAAGAAGAAAACCUGGACACCUGUGGGGCAAAGCCAGAGAGCCUGGGAACAGAGGAGAAAGAUGAGAAAGAUGAGGGGGAAGAGGAGAAGAAAGAGGAAGAAAAAGAGGAGAGCAAAGAGGUAAAGGACUCUGCCAUAGCAAAGGCACAGAUCCCCAGGAAACCAGGCAGGGUGAAGGACCUGCUGUGGGUCCAGCCCUCAGUGAGCUCCCUCACAGCAGCCCUGCAAGGCAACACCAGCAACAGGGAAGGUGCUGCUUCCCCUGGGCUGGUCUGA